CAUCGCUUUGAUUUGUUUCGUAUGCUGAGGGGAGGAAGGGGCACGAGAACAAUGACACGCCAGUUGUAAUCCAGAGUCGGACAUCCAGCUCUCUCCUACUGCCCUCCCACUCCCAUCCUGGGUGGGGUUGUCCGGUAGGAGACACCCAGGAAUUAUAAAAGUGCAUAUGUCCCUUUAAGGUUUGCUUUGCUCCCUGCAGACUUCAGCCUAAACACUGAGAUCUGACUUUAUUUGUACAUGUCUCUCAGCUCUGGGAUCCUGCCACGCGGGGGUUUCAAAGGCUCAGAGACUGUUUGGGUUUAAGGGGGAGGGAGUGUGUGUCUUGGGGGGGUGGGGGCAACUCAUCUUGAUGUGAAGAGAAAACUUGAAGGGAUUGAAACAACAAACAGGAAAUGCCUAGCCUGGCUGCUGCUCUUGCAGAUGCAGAGGGGACCAGAGGCAGUUGCAGCGCACUGAGCUCCUCUCCCUAACAGGCACCGUGUGAACUACCGAGCUACCCAAGGGAUCUGCUGCCCCCCGGCCCUGUCCUCCUUCACGGGCUAUCCUUGUCACUGCAGCCAUGGGCUCCCAGCCCCUCCGUAGCAGAAGCCCAGGUGUCGCUGUCCCAUGCGGGAUUCUGACAGCUCUGCUUCACCUCUGUGCAUCUUUCAAUGUUGAUGUCAAAAAUGCAAUGACGUUCAGUGGCUCUGUGGAGGACAUGUUUGGGUACACAGUUCAACAGUAUGAAAAUGAGGAAGGAAAAUGGGUACUUAUUGGUUCUCCAUUAGUUGGCCAACCCAAGAAGAGAACAGGAGAUGUCUACAAAUGCCCUGUAGGGAAGGGCAAAUCACCUUGCAUAAAACUGAACCUACCAGCUAACACUUCAGUUCCUAACGUUGUGGAAGUAAAAGAGAACAUGACUCUUGGAACAACUUUAGUGACUAACCCAAAAGGAGGCUUUCUGGCUUGUGGGCCACUCUAUGCUUACAAAUGUGGGCAUUUGCAUUACACAACUGGCAUCUGUUCUAACGUCAGUUCCACAUUUGAAGUUGUAAAUGCCAUUGCACCAUCUGUACAAGAAUGUAAGGCCCAACUGGAUAUUGUCAUAGUUCUUGAUGGUUCUAAUAGUAUUUACCCAUGGAAGAGUGUCACAGAUUUUUUAAACAGCCUUCUGGAAAAAAUGGACAUAGGCCCUCAACAAACACAGGUUGGAAUUGUUCAAUAUGGGCAAGAGGUAGUCCAUGAAUUUAGCCUCAAUACUUACAUGACAACAGAUAAUGUACUGAUUGCAGCCAGCGCGAUAAAGCAAAGAGGUGGAGCACAAACUAUGACAGCCCUUGGAAUAGAUACAGCAAGGAAAGAGGCAUUCACUGAGGCUCGUGGUGCACGAAGAGGAGUAAAGAAAGUAAUGGUUAUUGUGACUGACGGGGAAUCGCACGACAACUACAAAUUAGCAAACGUGAUUGAGGACUGUGAACAUGAAAACAUUCAGAGAUUUUCCAUUGCCAUUCUUGGUAGCUACAGCAGAGGAAAUUUAAGUACAGAGAAAUUUGUGGAGGAAAUAAAAUCAAUUGCAAGUGAACCUACUGAAAAGCAUUUCUUCAAUGUCUCAGAUGAAUUAGCUCUUCUUAGUAUUGUUGAAGCACUUGGAGAAAGAAUAUUUGCCCUAGAAGCUACAACAGACCAGCUGGCAGCCUCGUUUGAAAUGGAAAUGUCUCAAGCUGGCUUCAGUGCUCAUUAUUCCCAGGACUGGAUCAUGCUUGGAGCGGUUGGAGCAUAUGACUGGAAUGGGACAGUAAUCAUGCAAAAAGACAACAUGGUUUUAAUGCCAAGAAAUGAUACAUUUCGUGACAAGUCUUCAGAAAGAAAUGAACCUCUUGCAGCUUAUCUAGGAUACACUGUAAAUUCAGCAUCGACACCUGGAGAUGUGCUAUACAUUGCUGGGCAACCUCGCUAUAAUCACACAGGCCAAGUUAUCGUUUACAAAAUAGUAGGAGGAGAUGUAAAAAUACUACAGCGAUUAAAUGGAGAACAAAUUGGGUCAUACUUUGGGAGUGUUAUUACUACAAUUGACGUCAAUAAAGACUCAUUUACAGACAUUCUGCUAGUUGGAGCUCCUAUGUACAUGGGAACUGAAAAAGAGGAACAAGGAAAAGUGUAUGUGUAUUCUUUGAACAAGACAACAUUUGAAUAUCAGAUGAGCCUUGAACCUAUGAAGCAAACUUGCUGUUCAUUGUUAAAGCACAGCUCCUGCAAAAAUCACAAGAAUGAACCUUGCGGUGCGCGCUUUGGGACUGCAAUUGCUCCAGUAAAGGACCUCAACCUUGAUGGGUUUAAUGAUAUUGUAAUAGGAGCGCCUUUAGAGGAUGAUCAUCGAGGAGCUGUGUACAUAUAUCAUGGCAAUGGCAGUAGUAUAAGGAGAGAAUAUGCCCAGCGUAUUCCAUCAGGUGGAGAUGGGGAAAAAGUGAAAUUUUUUGGUCAGUCUAUACAUGGAGAAAUGGAUUUAAAUGGUGAUGGUCUAACGGAUGUCACCAUUGGAGGCCUUGGUGGUGCUGCCCUCUUUUGGUCUCGUGAUGUAGCUGAAGUAAAUGUUUCCAUGAAUUUCACACCCAAUAAAAUCAAUAUAGAAAAGAAAAACUGUAAUACAGAUAAAAAAGAGACAGUAUGCAUAAAUGUCACAAUUUGUUUUGAAGUCAGACUAAAGUCUAAAGAAGAUACAAUAUAUGAAACCAGUAUACAGUAUUGGGCUACACUUGAUUCACAAAGACGGAUACCUCGAAGCUUGUUCAUGGAAAGUCAAGAAAGGAAGAUACAAAAAAAUAUCACUGUCAAAGGGUCAGAAUGUAUUAAACAUAACUUCUACGUGUUGGACAAGCCUGAUUUUCAGGACUCUGUAAAGUUUUUGUUGGAGUUCAAUUUUUCCGACCCAGAGAAUGGUCCAGUUCUCGAUAGUGACCAGCCGAACGCAGUGUAUGAAUAUAUUCCUUUCACAAAAGACUGUGGAAUCAAAAAUAAAUGUAUUACAGAUCUGGUUCUGAAUAUAGCAGCAAGUAUAGCUGGAGACAGUUCCCCUCCAUUCAUCAUAAAGUCAAGCAAUGAUAAGUUCAACGUGUUACUGUCUGUCAAGAAUAAAAAAGACAGUGCCUAUAAUACCAGAGUCUUAGUAAAGUACUCUCCAAACAUUAUUUUUGCUGGAAUUGAGGAUAUACAGAAAGAUAGUUGUGAAUCCAAUCACAAUAUUACCUGUAAAGUGGGAUACCCUUUCCUAAAGUCUGGAGAAGAGAUUUCUUUCAGAAUAGUAUUCCAAUUCAAUGCUUCUUAUCUUCUGGAAAAUGCUACUGUUCAAGUGUAUGUAACAAGUGACAGCGAAGAACCACUUGAGACCCUGACUGACAAUGGAGGAGACAUUAGAAUCCCAGUAAAAUAUGAAAUAGGAUUAAAAUUUUUCAGUAAUUUCAAAGAUCCCAAAGAAUGCCAUAUUAUAAUUGCAGCAAAUGAUACAGUUCCUGCUUAUAUUAAUACAACUGAAAACAUUGGGGAUGAAGUUAACAUAAAAUAUACGAUUGAAAAAGGUGAACACUUUCCAGUGCCACAACUCACUCUACAGAUUUCAUUCCCCAACUUGACUUCAUCCAAAAACCCCAUUCUCUACCUAACUGGAUUGUCAUCUUCAGAUAAUGCAGUCUGCCAAACCAGUCACCCUAUAAAUCCAUUCAAGAUCAACUCUGGGAUGCAGUUUGAUCUGGCAAAAAUAAAAGAACCUACAAAAGAUACAGUGAUGGACUGUGAUACAUACAACUACGCAUCUAUUAACUGUACUCUGGCCCCAUCUGAUAUAACUCAAGUGAACAUUUCAUUAAGAUUAUGGAAACCUACCUUUAUAAAAGCAAGUAUUCACAGUUUAAAUUUCAGUGUAAGAGCAUUACUUCAGAGUGAAAACUCAUCACUGAUUUUGAGAGGAACCAAUCAAAAACAAGAGAUCAUGAUUAUAAUUUCAAGAGAACUUCACCCUGGCAGCAUCCCUUUAUGGGUCAUUUUACUGAGUGCCUUUGCUGGACUCUUGAUUCUUGCACUUCUUAUAUUUGCAUUGUGGAAGGUUGGAUUUUUCAAAAGGCCACUAAAGAAGAAAAUGGAGAAAUAAAGAAUUCUACCAAAGGAGAAUAUGUUGCAAUUAAACAAUGAUCUGUCCUCA